AAUUUAAUUUGUGCGGACGGCGUGGCAUCGUUGCUCAUGGCUGCCCGAUUCCUGCUCGCUCGUGCUGCAGGGCACCACCGUGCAACCCAGACAGCUCUUCAGCUCGUUAACUCACCUGCAGCGCGCUCUGGUAUUGCACGCUUAGCCACUUCGUCCUCCGUUGCGCUGCAUCCGUCCAAGCGAUGUGUGUCAUUCACGUCCGCUGGAAUCCAAAAAACAUGGUUUAGUACUUCCCCGUCGCCCUCAUUGCCCCACACCAAGCAGGACCAUGAACAGGAUAAAUCGGGAGAUUUAGAGUCUAAAAAGGACGUGUUCAAAAUCGAGAAGGACACGUGGGCUGAGCGUCAUGCGCCGGAGUGGAUGCUGCCGUACAUUCAGGUCGCCCGCAUCAAUCGCCCGGCACCAACCUUUUUGCUGCUGUGGCCUUGCUAUUGGAGCAUUGCCAUGGCCGCUCCCGCCGGUCAGUUGCCGGACUUGAAGCUCUUGGCGCUUUUUGGCACCGGGGCCUUCAUUAUGCGCAGUGCCGGAUGCACCAUCAACGACAUGUGGGACAAGGACUUUGACAAGCAGGUGGAGCGCACCAACAAGCGACCGUUAGCUGCUGGAAAACUCACGUAUCCCCAGGCGUGGGGGUUCCUUGCGGGUCAACUGUCGGCUGGUUUAGCGGUGCUGAUGCAGCUUAACUGGUAUAGUGUCGCUAUGGGUGCGUCCUCGCUCGCACUUGUUGCUACAUAUCCGACGAUGAAGCGAUUCACCUACUGGCCACAAGCAGUCUUGGGACUGACGUUUAACUACGGGGCGUUGCUGGGAUGGGCCGCAGUUCACGGAUCGUGCGACUGGUCGGUGGUGCUGCCGCUGUACGCUGGCGGUGUGGCAUGGACGCUGGUGUAUGACACACUGUACGCCCACCAGGACAAGAAGGACGACGUCAAGAUCGGUGUUCGCUCGACGGCUCUGCUUUUUGGUGACAAGACGAAGCCGGUGCUAAAUUUCUUCUCGGCUGCUGCAAUCGCGGGCUUUGGCACUGCGGGGUACAUGGCUGGUCUGGACUGGCCAUUCUUCAUGGGACUUAGUGGAGGAGCUGCGCACUUGGCGUGGCAGGUGAAUACUGCCAAACUCGACGACCCUAUUAACCUUCAGGCACGGUUUGGUUCGAACAAAUGGUUCGGAGCGCUCAUGUUUGCAUCUGUCGUGGCGGGUAACGUCGUGUGAGAUGUCAGUGACUGCACUCCACGACAACUUAGAUCGGUCCGAUAUGUCGAGGGCUAAACUUUUGUGGGUAGAGAGGACUGUUUACAUAUGCACAACUAAACUAGAAUAUAGCUAGACUGAAUUAGCAA